CCAGGGUUCUUCCAUUCUCCGAAAGCUUCCCUUCCUACGUCCUAGAAAGCGCAGUUCGACUUCCAGCUGCGACUGUUCCACGGCCUACUAAAGCGCGCCUCAGUGCUCAGGAAGCGCGUUUUUAUGAUCGCAUAGUGGUUUUGUAGCCGUGAUUUUCCAAACCCCGCAUUCCUGCCCAUGACGAAGGUUUAGGACUAUGGACAAGUCCGAUCCCCCAACUAUGCAGUCCUACCCGUCUCCCAACGCCGUUGCGGCAGACAGUGGCGGGCCUUUCUAUUCAUCGUCCUCGGGUCAACAGCAGCAGCCCGCUCUCUCCAACCCCGAUGAACUUCAGCUCGCCGAACUGUCGCGUGGCCUUGCUCCUAUUAUGAAUGCUGGUCCUGGUGGAGGCAUGUCAGAUGGGCAAAGUGCUAGAGGUCAAGGCGCCGUGAAUCAUCCCUACGAGCAUGAGAAUCAGUCCCAUGCACAUUUACAGGCAGGUCAUGCGCCAAUGGAUCAGAUGGGCGGUCAGUAUGGAUCGCCCGAUGGAUCUAUGGCGCCGCGGAAGAGAUCUAAGGUCUCGAGGGCUUGUGAUGAGUGUAGGCGCAAGAAAAUUAGGUGCGAUGCGACUGGAGAGGAAGGCAAUGUGCAAUGCUCGAGUUGUAAACGCGUCGGAAUCCGUUGCCAAUUUAGCAGGAUCCCGAUGAAGAGAGGGCCAAGUAAAGGAUAUAUUAAAGAACUUGCCGACCGACUGAACACGCUUGAAGGGGUCAUGCAAGCAAGCGAAAUUCCGGUCCAAUACAUGCCGCAUCAUGAUAGCCCUUUACAGCGGCGUGGCUCUGGCGAGUUUUCACCACCUCCAAAUAACGAAAUCUCGCCACGAAAGAGAACCUAUUCAUCUAUCUCAGGCGACUUUAGUACUCCCUACCAACCCCAAAGGCCGUCCGUUGGUAGCUGGCCAACUCAAGAAACCCCACGACAUUUGCCGCACCCUUCAUCAGCAUUCGCAACUCCAACAACAGCUCCCGCUGCACCCCACGUGUUUCGCGAACCUAACUAUUCUCCAAAUGGCCUUCAACCUCUCCCCCAGUGGAGGAAUGCUCCUGAACCGCCCCCUCGACAAAACAGCUCGUUUGAUAGCAUCUCUCAAGCCGAACAUGGGCACUCAGAUCAUGCUGUAGAUUGGGAUGAAAGCGUAGUUGACAGCUACUACAAGUUUAUACACCCCACAUAUCCUCUUCUGUCUCAGUCUAAGGCUAGAGUCAAUUCCAGACUUUCGAACUGCCCACCAUCUCUGAGAGAAGCCUUUUAUGAAUCUUUACACGCCGCUGUCCAAUCCUUCCCGACAUCAAAUACUGCAACGGUUGAACGCCAUAGCACUAAGAAAGCAGCACAGCUUUUAGCAUCACAAUUUGAGAAUGCCACUGUCCAUACUCUGUCGACAAACUUGGUCUAUCUCCAGACCAUGCUGCUUAUGGCUAUCGAUGCCGACAAUCGCGGUCCGGCUACGAAAGGUCAAACUGGGCUGCCCCCUUCGGUAUGGCUUGGUAGCGCCGUCGGACUUGCCUAUUCGAUGAAGUUGCAUGUACAUACACCACCUGACAAGCAAUUCGAAAACGACCCAGAUUCAGAGGAUAAGUUGGCAAGAAGAAUAUGGUGGAGCUUGGUUAUGAUGGAUAGAUGGCAUGCCUCGAGCACAUCAAGUCCUCUAUUAAUUCCUGAUGGAAGUGUGAUCGUAUACCCUGAAGAUCAAGCACUAUUGGGAGAUAACCUAUACCAUCUCGCCCGUCUAUCAAUCGUCCUCGGACACUUUUCGGCAGUGCAAAUCACACCCACCGACCUCCCCGCCUUUGGUGUUCCUCCGACCUCGAUGUAUGGCGUACUACUGAGAGGCGAGCUUGAGAGGUGCCGCGAGUCUUUCCCCUCAUCAUUUUUCCCGCCUUCUAAUUUCCCACUCAUUCACCUUUGCUACUGGUAUCUCCGAAUCCUUCUGGAGCUUAGACUUUCUACGUCUGAUCCGGAAGAUAUCCUGGUUCCUGCCAUGCACAUCGUCACCCAACUUACGCAUAACACAUCUCUCAUCAGCCCGUUGACUCAUCACGCUACGGCCCUCGCAUCGUCGACUCUGAUCGAUUUGACUAGCUAUGAUAAGACGAAGGAGACUGCGGAAGCGGGCUUGAAAACCUUGGUGGAAAGUCGCAUUGCGCCUUCAGGAUGGGAUGCCGCUAUUAAAGAGAUGAUUCUCAAUAAACAAAAUUCCGGGUCCCCGACCGGAGCUGGCAGUGCUGCGAACUCCAAUCCUGAAAGCCAGCAUGCUUUGACUGCUAGUCAGGGCUUGCAACGUCUCGCAGAUCUAGCUACUGCUACGGAGGAAGGCAGAGCUGAAGCGUCCGCUUUGGAGAAUAGGAAAGAGAAUGAGCAAACGAACACGAGUCCUGCAGGAACCCAUUCCACUGAGAACCUCCAAGGUUUGAGGGACGUAGUCCAGAGGGGGUAUCUGACGGUUCUUAGUGGAUAAGCGUGCCGGCAAGCGAAUUGCGGUGAUAACACCUGACUACGAUGGAUGCCUUUUUAAUGAUUUAAAGUAUACCCUGGAGUUGGAUCCUUUGGUGGAGAGGAAUACUAAUGAAAUCGGAGGCUGGCGUCGAAAGCAUCACGGCUGGUGUUUUCAAAAAGAUGAAAGGAAAAAACAGAAGAAGAAAAAAAAAUCAUACUUGCAGCUAUUUGGGAGCUGCAUACGAUUUCAGUGGGUAUUAUCACAUUUCAUGGAUGGGACUGUGGCCGUCCCCCUGUAUACUACACGUGCAUUGAGCUCGGAAAUGGGAGUCACCAUACGAAUUAAUGAUUUAACAUGCUCCUUGGACCUCAAUUGAGACAACGCUCCCUAUUGUAGCGUUUUCAAAAUAUCUUGUUCCGAAUGACUACCCCCAAAUGAACCCUUUUUAACAUCGCGUAUCAAAUUUUCCCGAAAUCAAAACUCAUCAUAACUUCU